GGUGCUUGAAUCCCUAUGAAGCAGAAUAUGCACUCAGGGAGGUGCAUGAAGGUGUCUGCGGAAGUCACGUGGGUGCUUGAACUUUAGCUCACAAGGUCCUUAGACAGGGUUAUUAUUGGCCCAACAUGUACAAGGAUGCCACUCAGUUCGUACAAAGGUGUCAGAAAUGUCAGUUCUUUGCACAUCUAAUCCAUCAGCCUGUAGAAGAGCUCACUACGUUGGUGGCACCUUGGCCAUUCGCUCAAUGGGGUCUUGACCUUUUAGGCCCAUUUGUGAAGGGGGUAAGAGGUGUAACCCACCUCAUUGUUGGUGUAGAUUAUUUCACAAAAUGGGUUGAAGCUCGGGCAUUAUCUAGUCUCACCUCCAAGAAGGUCGAAGACUUUGUUUUCAGCUCGAUUAUUUGCAGAUAUGGGAUCCCAAAUCAGAUUGUAGCUGAUAAUGGAACUCAGUUCAAUUGCUCCUCAGUCCGAGAUUUCUGUUCCAGUUACGGGAAUAAACUACAGUUCACCUCAGUUUACCAUCCGGAAUCCAACGACAUGGUCGAAUCUGUUAAUAAGUGCAUCUUAGAAGGUAUAAAGCCGAGGCUAGAACAACACAAGGCCAAAUGGGCAGACGAGCUCAACAACGUCCUCUGGGCAUACAGAACUACGAGUCGAACUGCCACAGGUGAAACACCCUAUCAUCUGGCCUUUGGUACCGAAGCAGUCAUUCCUAUCGAGAUAGGAGUCCCAAGCUUCAGGGUCACCCAUUUCAAUGAAGGGCAGAAUGGACAACUGCUUCGGGAGAACCUUGAUCUGCUUGACGAAGUCAGAGAAGAAGCACGACUUCGAACUCUAGUCUACAAGCAGAAGGUAGCAAACUUUUACAACAAACGAGUUCGACCCCGACCAUUCAAAGUAGGAGACCUUGUUCUCAGGAAAGCUGGUCUAACGGGGUUCGAAACUCGAUUUGGAAAGUUAGCACCAAACUGGGAAGGCCCCUACACCGUAGCCGAAGUGCCACACCCAGGUGCUUAUAUCCUACAAGACACUGAGGGAAAAAGGGUUCCUAGAGUCUGGAAUGCCAAUAACUUGAAGAAAUUUUACCCUUAAUACACUUCUUUCCAGUCAACUUUGUUUUAACCACCAUUAUUCUGAUUGCUGUAUAUCAAAGCUCAAUUUCACUUCGCGUUCGAACUAAUUCAGUUCUGUAAACUCUGCUAUGCGUUGGAAGUGGGUUUCAUUUAUUUCUGAAGUCAGUUCAUUCUGACUCAUUCAGUCACUUCAUU